AAAUGAACAUUUUGAAAAUAGGUUUAGGUUAGGCGUUCAUGUUGUAGUUUUGUAUGAAAUAAAAACGAAAGAUUGUAUUCUUGAAUUCUAUUCCAUAUAAAUUAUUAUUGAUAGAUUAAUUCAGAGUGAAAGUUAAAAACAUUCUAAUAUCAAGUACACUGAGUACUAGGAUCAAUUUAUUCUAAUACCGGUUUUACAAUCGAUUUAGGAUCAGUAUGCUGUAAUAUUAUAUCUUAUAAAGAAGGAUCUUUUUGUUAUUGCUGAUGCUUCCUUUGACUUUUCUGGCAAACUUAAGGCAACAUUACACGCUCGGUGUAACAUUAUCACGAAAGAUAACACAUUUUUACAAGUACUACAACUCUCGUUUAACUGGAAUGGAGGUCAAUGAUAAGGUUACAAAAGAUCUACUGGUAGCUUUCGAUUUUGAUCACACUUUGGUGGAUGAUAACAGCGACACCGUUGCCAGAUCUUUACUUUCUACGAAAAACAUUGAUUACAGCACGGCUGAAAAGAUUUACAAAGACUCCAAUUCUUGGACUUCUUAUAUGAUAGAAAUCUUCCGUAUUAUUCACGAAAACUCCAUCACUGGUGAUGAAAUUGUAUCAGCCAUUCAUAGAAUCCCUCCUAUCGCAGGUAUGGAAGAGCUUUUGAAGUAUUUGAGCUCACAUCGUAGAUGCGAAAUGAUCAUAAUUUCAGAUUCCAAUUCAGUUUUCAUUGAUGAGUGGUUAAAACACAAAAAUUUGAGUAAUUUUGUUAGAAAAGUAUUCACCAAUCCGGCAUUCUUUGACACAGCUGACCUUCUCAACAUUGAACCUUAUCAGAAUCAGGACUUCUGCAAAAUAAGUGAAAGAAAUCUCUGCAAAGGUCAUGUUUUGGAGACAUAUAUAAGCGAUAGACAGAGAGAGAAUGUUUUUUUCAAUCAUUUAGCCUUUGUGGGAGAUGGCUCCAACGAUCUCUGUCCUUCCCUUAGAUUAUCACAUGGUGACUUUAUUUUUCCCAGGGAGAAUUAUGCUCUUUCUAGAAAGCUUAGUCGGUAUGAAGGUGAAAUAAAGGCUGAUAUUCAUCCAUGGACUACUGGUAAUGAUGUUCUUGAUGUAAUUCAAAAGGCAUUGACUUCCAAGACUCCUGAAAAAGAUUAACAAUUUAAAGUUUUAUAGAAACUGUUUAUAAAACUUGAGGAGUUCAAAGACGGGUUAGAAAAUGAAUAUCAUGAAAGCAAGAAUUACACAACUGUAUAAUCUAGAUUAUACACAUAUAUGAAGAAGGUAUUAUGCUACGAUGUUGGUAUGUUUAGUAUGUCAUUCAUCUGUGAUUUGUUACACUUGAAUUGAAACUAUUUUUUUCAGAUGACAAAUAAAAUGUCGAUUUAUAGUUAAUGUUUGAAAGUUAAUACUUUAAAAAUAAUUCAACAUUUA